AGGUUGAUGAUGAUGAUAACAAAGAGAAAAAAAAUCUAUUACUUACUAGACGGUUAAAAGUACAUUUCAAUAUUCCAGGGAGCGGUUCAGAGUGACAACGCGAACCUGAGCAAAUCUGAACUUGUGAUGAAGAUAAAAUCACGGCUGAGCAAGCUGGACCCCGUCAAGGCAAAGGAAGUGGGGGGCGUGUUCCUAUUUAACAUCAUCAAAGGCACAUCUGUUUACAGCUGGACGUUAGACCUGAAUCAGGUGACCGCAUACGAGGGUGAGCCUGAAGAAGACCCAGACACUACGUUUACCUUAAACGAACACUAUUUUAAGCAGCUGGUGACUGGCAAAGAGGACGCGAGGGUCAUCAUGCAGGCUGGCAGAUGCUCCGUCACGGGGGACAUCAUGCGUGCUAUGAAACUUGAACCUUAUAUUAAGUUAGGUUAAGUUUAAAUUCAAUUUACUAUCUUAAUUUAAUAGAAAAGACCAUCAAUGAAUUUGACGUCCACUUAUUUAAACUACUAUAAAACUAUAGUUACUCGUUGGUUAUCUCAAUUUAGGUUUCUAGAACGUUUGUAAAUGCAAUGAUAGGGAUGGGAUACGGCCAUCAAGCUGAGACAUCAAGAGCAACAAGACAAGUUGAGUUCAGUAUAACAAAACCUACAGAAUCAUAGAUUUUUGACCACAAUAACCCUUCAUAAACAGUUAACGUAAAUCUUCUAAACCCAACGAUUUUAGUCGCUAAGUGAGAUACAUAAUAGAAUGUAAUAGAGGUUCGUAUUUGACCACUGAUCACAGGCAUGUUGAAAUUAUAUAAAGCGUAAGAAGUACUUAUAAUGAUUUGACUACACGAAUGCAUUCUUUUUUAUAUUUUUAACUAUAUUGUAAUAUAGUGUGUACAAAGCAAAUGCGGUUAUGUUACCUUAAGUGCCUAUUAU